AUGAUUAAGAAUAGUUUAUCUUUAUUGUUUAGACAAUCAUCAACAACAUCAUCUUAUAAAUAUACAAGUAAACUAUGUUAUUAUUCAACUAGUACGACUAGUAGUACUACAAGUACAAGUAACCAAUUCAAAGAUAUAGAAUCAACAUUAAGAUUUAAUAAUUAUGGUAUACAUAAACCAGUGAUGGUCAACGAAGUGAUUGAUAGAUUACAUUUAAAGGAUGGGCAUUGUUAUAUCGAUGCGACGUUUGGAUUGGGUGGACAUACACUAAACAUACUUGACCGAUGCAAAGGAUCAUUUGUGAUUGCUGUAGAUCGUGAUCCAAAGAUAUUCGAGUUGACUGCCAAGAUUAGAGAAACCUAUCAAGACAGGUUGAUCACUCUUCAUGGUAACUUUAGCAAUCUCUCACAACUACUGAAAGAACGUGGAUUGGAUACUCUCAAGAUAUCAGGUGUUCUGAUGGAUUUUGGAUGUUCAUCAUUGCAACUAGACUCUCCCGAUCGUGGAUUCUCAUUUCGUAAAGACUUUGACGGUCCCCUAGACAUGCGAAUGAACAACACCGACACAUCAACUCAACGACUUACAGCAACCGAUAUAUUAAACACAUUUUCAAAUCAACAAUUAAGAGAUAUAAUGUAUUAUUAUGGAGAAGAAAGACAUACAUUAAAAGUUGCACAUGAGAUUAUAAGGAGAAGACAAUACGAAAGAAUAGAAAAGACUAGUCAGUUGGUAGAUAUUAUCGAGUCGUGUAUACCGUAUCCAGCGGCGAUGAAAUCAAUAUCAAGAAUAUUCAGGUCAUUGAGAAUGUUUGUAAAUGACGAGACGGGUGAGAUCUAUAGAGGUAUGAGAGAGGCUGAAAAGAUAUUGGCACCCGGUGGCAAUUUGGUUGUCAUUUCAUUCCAUUCGAUAGAGGAUAGAAUUGCAAAGAGAUUUUUUAGAAAUAGGUGUGCUGUUAAACGAUCGACACUGACACCUCUACAACACGAUCCAUCAUUUGAAUAUGUCGAUGGUUCACAACCACUAUUUCCAACAGAUGAAGAGAUUGAAUGGAAUUCUCGAUCCAAACCAGCUAUCGUUCGAAGUGCUACACGUACAUCCUCAUCACCAUUAAUAUUAGAUGACAAAGAAGAUGAAUAUUUAAUUUAUCGUUCAAACCAACAAUAA